CCCCAAAGCUAGCCCUCUAAAGUGGUUAGCGAAAGGUCUUUUUUUUUGUUUCUCUUAUAGUGAAAUUUAACUCUGUUCCUUACAGGAAAGUCUUUUAACUCAUUCCGCGUGGAAGUUCACUUAUGUGCUUUUGCUCCGAAGCUUCCUCCUAACGCGCUCAAGGACGACAAAUUCUUUUGUUUUGAGAGUGUAUAAAUCUGAAAUACUUCAACAAGCAGCUGAAUCUGGAAGCAUCUAUGAGCUGUAUGCUCUUAUUAAUGAGAAUCCAUACAUACUUGAGAACAUUGAUGCAGUGCCAUUUGUGACCACUCCACUCCACGUAGCUGCAGCUUCCGGGAACAUACAAUUUGCCAUGGAGAUGCUGAAUCUUAAGCCAUCUUUUGCUAGAAAGCUCAACACAAGCGGUUACAGUCCAUUGCAUCUCGCUGCAAACAACGAUGACAAUGGGUUUGUUACCAGUAUGCGCAGGCUUGAUGAAGACCUUGUCCGCGUUAAAGGGAGAAAUGGCAUCACACCGUUUCUUUUACUAGUGUCAAGAGGAAACGCAGAUCUUGUGGCAGAGUGCCUCCUUACUUGCCCUGAAUGUAUCCAAGAUGAGACCGUAGAUCGCCAGAAUGCUCUGCAUCUUGCUGUGUUACAUGAUAAAUUUGAAGUUCUUCAAGUCCUCACCGGAUGGAUCCAGAGAAUGAGCCAAAGAGAUGCAUACACCAUUGAGUAUAUUGCUUUGAAUCAAUGGGAUUUUAAUAACAACACGCCUUUGCACCUUGCAGCAUAUAAGAAUGAUCAUCAGAUGGCUAAGCUGUUAUUGGAAUGUCGAUGGGUUCAGCGGAACAGAGUAAAUGGUGAUGAUUUAACUUUCCUUGACAUCUUAAGAAUCCAAGGACAUAGAGACGCAGGUGGAGACUUAAGAAGCCAGGGACCGAGAGUCGUAGGAGAGGACUUGGAUUUGGAACAACUUGCUAUAAAUAACGGGUUUAAAGCGGCGGCUUCUCUGCCAAGACCCAAGGAAAGGUUUGAGAUUUUAAAAUCACCACUCACUUUCUGGACUUUCUGCUCCACGUUCAUGAGACGCCUAAGGACUAACACGUCAGACGAAUCUCGUGGAGUGUUCAUGAUUGUAUGCACUUUGAUAAUAACAGCCACUUACCAGACUGCCCUCCAGCCUCCCGGAGGUGUACAUCAAUCGGGGGAUUCGAAUGCGGGUUCCGUGGUGAUGAAACAGACAUUCUUCAUCCUUAUUUGGGUUUCCAACACCGUAGGCUUCUGCUGCGCUAUAAUCUACACAUUUUGUCUCAUGCCAAUUGAUAAUAUGUUUACAGCAUGGUUCUUUUGGAUCGGGACAUCUCUGUGCAUUUCUUAUGCUCUAGCCAUGGCAGUUAUCGCACCCCACCCUCUAGUGUUUCUCUCCGCGACCUUCGCCUUCUUCCUGCUCGUUGCUCUCUAUAUCUUGUUUAUAUCUUUUUACACUUGGCGGGAGCAUGCACAUGUGGCCCAUAAUCCCCGAUUGAGCUGGUUUUGGAAGGAUUGAUGCAACAUGUGUCACUUCUAUUACAGGAGAAGAGAGGAUUUAGAGAAUGUAAAAGAUGUAACCGUCAAAACAUAUGUCAUGCCCCUUGUUUAGCCCUUUUUUUUGCAAUAAUGUUCAGUUUUGUAGUUUAUUGAAUUUUAUGUAUGCAAUGUUAUAUAUGUUGUCUAUACUAUUAUUUAAAAAAUAAAUUUGUUUAUGUGUCA